GUAGUGACUUUGUGAAUGUGAAAGGAUAAAAAUAAAAUAAAAAGCUGAAGAAGGAAAGGAAUGGCAUCAUUUCUGCGGUCAGUGGCAACGACUACAGCCGCCGUAGCCGCCGCGUCUGCGAUUCCAAUCGCGAUCGCCCUCUCCUCUUCCUCAUCUUCCUCUACUAAAUCCCAAUCUCCCAAUCUCUCCUUCCUCCCCCGAUCGUCUCCACGUCGCUUGGGGCUUUCACGAAGCUUCGCUAGCUCUCCGAUGACGACCGUCCCCGUUUCCGAUCGUAAUCUCCGUCAGGAGGAUCGAGUCAUGCCUCAGCUUCUUACUGAGUUCAUGGUGGAUAUGAAGUGUGAGGGUUGUGUUAACGCCGUGAAGAACAAGUUAGAAACUGUUGAAGGGAUUGAGAAAGUGGAGGUGGAUCUGCCUAACCAAGUUGUGAGGAUACUUGGAUCUUCUCCUGUUAAGGCUAUGACUCAAGCUUUGGAGCAAACCGGUCGUAAAGCUCGUUUGAUUGGCCAAGGUGUUCCUCAAGACUUCUUGGUCUCGGCUGCAGUGGCGGAGUUCAAAGGACCAGACAUCUUUGGGGUGGUUAGAUUUGCUCAGGUCAGUAUGGAGCUCGCGAGGAUUGAAGCCAACUUUACUGGCUUGUCUCCCGGUAAACACAGUUGGUGUAUCAACGAGUAUGGAGAUCUCACAAACGGAGCAGCCAGCACCGGGAACUUGUACAACCCACUUCAAGAUCAUACCCACACAGAGCCAUUGGGCGGCCUGGGAACACUAGAGGCAGACCAAAGCGGAGAGGCGUUUUACACGGGGAAGAAAGAGAAGCUCAAGGUUGUGGAUCUAAUUGGGAGAGCCGUGGUGGUUUACAAGACAGAGGAUAAGAACUCAGGGCCUGGAUUAACAGCUGCAGUGAUUGCUAGAAGCGCAGGAGUUGGAGAAAACUACAAGAAGCUUUGUACUUGUGAUGGUACUGUCAUUUGGGAAGCUACAGACAGCGAUUUCGUUACCAGUAAUUAAACAAUAAGAUAUUGAGACUACAUUACGUCUUGUAGCACUUUAAGACUUUGUUUUGGUUCAAAUUCAAAGACUGUCUUGAAACAAUAAAAGCUUCUUGUAUUGUACCAAACUCGACUUAACAGCUUAGCAAGGCCAAGAGCUUGGCAGUUUGUAUUUAAUC